AUGGUAAGCGCGGAAACGUAGGACUGUUGGAAAGCUGGACUUGCCGAGGGCGGAAGUGCCGGGUUUACAAACGCCUUAGUAAGGGCGGAAGUCGAGACUGACGGAAGUGGCGUCAGUACGGUCGGAAGAGGUGUGGCUGCGGUGGGAGCUGGGAUUCCAUCCCCGCUGAGCUGCCGCCCCUUCUGGGCUGCCGCAAUGGAACUCAGCGCCGAGUACCUCCGGGAGAAGCUGCAGCGGGACCUUGAGGCAGAGCACGUGGAAGUAGAGGACACGACUCCCAACCGUUGCGCGUCCAGCUUCCGAGUCCUGGUGGUGUCGGCCAAGUUCGAGGGGAAGCCGCUGCUUCAAAGACACCGGCUGGUGAACACGUGCCUAGCAGAAGAGCUUCUGCACAUCCAUGCCUUUGAGCAGAAAACUCUGACCCCAGAGCAGUGGACCCGUGAGCAGCAGAAAUGAAGAGACCUAGGCCUGCACAGCCAUUAAAUUAUGAAUCAGGGCCAGCUUCUGUGUCAGCGUGUUGUGGGGGGGAGGGUGGGAAGGGUGCUGAGCUUUAAUCUAAGAGCCUGGUUUCUCCCUGCUCCACCCCACCCCCAAUCUACAUUGUCUUACUUUGGACAAGUCUUUCACACAUCCACAAGGCCUUAAGUGUUGAAUCAGAUAAAAACAAAAAACAAAAACAAAACUGAGCCUCAAUGAACUCACACGCUAUCGUU